AUGAGAUUGAGAUUGUUCGAUGACGUCACGUGUGACGAGAUCUCACACGAGGAUCUCGAGGACAUGAUGACCCCUGGCAGAAAGGCAUGCACUGACUCACAGUGCACGGCGUUGAAGGACAUCAAAGAAACGCUAGAUUCGAUGGAAUUUCUUCGCAAAAGUCUUUCUCGAAGGGGCUCUGCCAAUGACGCCAGGAAGAGCUUGUUUCCGGGCAAACGUUCUGCUGAAACGGACGUGAACAGUUCGCCAAUCCAAGCGUCCAAGAAAGCAAGAGAUUGCAGCGAUUCAGCCCCGAUAUAUACACUUAACACUCUCUCUAACGACAUUAUGCAGGCAGUGGAAACUCUCGAGUUAGCUGACAAAGUCGCAGACGGGUCACGUGAUUAUACAUUACCCUCAAUUCCUGGUCAGCAUCGUGAUUUGAGGUCGAUAUCACCCGAAGUAAUGGCUGAUGUUGUUAGCGGACGCUACAAAUACUUGUUCAGUGACGUCACGAUUGUCGACUGCCGCUAUCCGUAUGAGUUUGAAGGCGGUCACAUCAAAGGGGCGGUUAAUCUCUUCACUAAAGAUGACGUCAAUGCUCUUCUUCAUAGACCUGUCAGUGGAGACAAACGUCACGUGCUCAUAUUCCACUGCGAGUUCUCAUCUGAGAGGGGACCUAAGAUGUACCGUUUCCUGCGCAGUCAGGACCGCGAGCUUCACAAGGACCAGUACCCCGCCCUACUGUUUCCCGAGGUGUACCUGCUCCAUGGCGGAUACAAGGCAUUCUUCAACAAGUUCAAGAAUUUGUGUGUUCCGGAUUCCUACAAGCCCAUGAUGCACGAAGAUCACUCUGCAGAUCUACGUCACUUCCGGGUCAAGUCUAAAUCUUGGACCGCGGGAGAAAAGCAGCACGAGUCCAGCAGACGACAUCGGAGUCGUCUGGGUCGGCAGCUGAGUUUCUAUGAAAAACUGCCGUCCUGAACCAAGAGCGAACAACGUUGCUCUGCAUCGCUGUUCUUCAUUUAAAAAAAUGUGACGUCAUCAUUAAAUGGCAUCGUCCACAUGCAUUUCCCAUGAUGCAGACGAUGUCGACGCCAAUAGUCACGUGAUAAAUGUCACACCGGAGAUAACAUAGUCGACAGGAAAGCCGUGAGUCAGGCAGGCAGAUCAUCCGUGUAGACAGCAUGGAAAAAAACACAACAGAACGAGGACCAUGAUACUAAGGAGCAAAGUUACAACCGACACAGGCCUUGUUCUAUGCACGUUUGUUCUGUUAUGUAUGUAUUUCUAUAUACUAAUACCUAUGUUGUUGAUAACCUCGUUGCAGAUUUGUCGUCCCGUGCUCUCACAUGUGAGCAGUCGUCGCACAACAGAUUGAGUUAGUUAGUUUUAAAUGUUUUUGUAAUAACGUGUAUAUGUUGCCUUUGACACAUUAAAAAAGAAAGAAGAACAAUUAAAUAAGAUUUUG